CCAUCAAAAGAUGCAAGUGAGGUCCAGUCCAGAUAGUCGGAGGUGAAACGACAUUACUCUCUAUCUCUGCACCAUCUCCGAGUCUCUCUCUUGCUCUCCCUCUGUAGUUUGUACCUUCCAAAAGCCCUCGUCUCCAAACGACACUCACAAAUCUCCGUCGCCUAAACCCGCCGCGACCGCCAUUUUCGCCGCCGAGUCACAUUCUUCCCAGGGUUCCCAUUACAUUUACAGCAGCACAACCCGAAGCCAAUCUUCUUCUUCGGUUUCGCUGCUCUUGUCUAAGAAUCUGGUAAAGUUGUCGUCUUUAAUCUUGGAAUAAUACUUUCCGCUCACGCCCGGCCUUGGCACAAAUAAAAUCGGAGGAAUUGCGGGUAGAGUUCUGCUGAGUUUCAAAGAAACCCCCUGAGGAAUUGGAAGUAACGCCACCUUCGAUUGCUCUCAUUCUGGUCCAUGCCUUCCUCGCCUCUAUUUCGAAAAGUAAUCUUGAAGUAAGCUACUUGAAGAAUCUAGGUUAGAACUAUCAUCUGUUAAGAUGAUAAGAAUCUUGAAAUCGAAACCCAUAUCGUCGUCUAUUGAAUCUUUUAGCCACCAAUUCCUUCAACGAUGCUCUGUGAGUGGAACUGCCAAGGGCAAAGGGAAGCUGAAAGCGGCUGGUCCAUUGAAGCGGAAUAAGGUGACUAUAAGAAAAGGCAGUGCGCCGCCUGCUGCUAAAGGUAAAGGGAGAGGGAACAGUGAAAAGGAGAGGCUUGAAAAGAUGUAUGAUGAAAUCUUGAAUGCUCCCACGCCUGUUAGGCACUUGACUGCGAAACAAAGGAAGCGCGAAGCGGAAAGGGAGAAAAUGGGGCUUAUUAGCAAGGACCGGCAGCGGGAGCUUGAGAUGCUGAAGAAAGAUAAGGAAAAACUCGGGGUUUCUGAGAAACCGGCGAUUAUCGGGACUCCUGGUUUGGAUCUGAUAACCCUCGGUUUGGUUGAUGAGAAUGAGAUACCUAAGUAUGAACUCACGGCUGAAGAUGGGAAGAGGCUUGCUAAGGAGUACAGUAGAAUUUUGAUGAGGCGUCAUCGGGCAAAACAAGCAGCGGAGUCGACGCUGUUACGAAUGAAGAAGGAUGCGAUUGAGGCAUUGCCUGAUCAUUUGAAGGCAGCUGCAUUGGUGCCGGAUCCGACUACAGCCCCAAAAGAUCUUUACUUGGCAACUCUUACUCCUCCUAUUGAAGGUUACUUGGAGAAGGUCAAAGAGGCCGCAAUGAGGAGCAGUGGAAAGCAGAAGCUUAGAUGAUUAAAGAUGGAUUUAUGAUAGGUAGGAGAUCUUCAGUUGUUCAAGAACUGGCAAAUAUUUUAAGACGAGUUCCCCUCGACUUUUUGAGGCCAGCACAACACUGAGAGGCUAAUGAAUAAUUCCCCAAAUUUAGAACUGUCGUUUGCAGUUUGUGUUAUUUUAGUUAGGCUAAACUGAGUUUUGGUCAAAUUGGUGAGGUUUACAUAUUUACUUAACUUCAUGAUAAUGCAUGUUUAAGAUUAAAACGUUGGGGUUUAUUGUUCUUGAAGCAUUGCCCAAAGUAAUUUUGGUCUUGUUAGGGUUUGACGUUUCCUCUAAUGCUUUUUGGCCUCAUGGCGUACUUUACUCUGCUUUUGGACUGCAAAACUAGAGAAUUGUGAAACAAGUGAAGCGAUGUAUUGCA